AAACCAUAAACAUUUCCUUUAAGCCAAAGCUAAGCUACACUAUUACACCUCCAAUUUUCUCUCUCCUCCAUUUUCACCUCCUUCAAAAGCUCUAAAAAAUGCUCUUCGUGUCUUCACUCUUGUGUCUUGAACUCGGGGAUUGAUUGAAGGAGGAGUUAGCGUUAUCAAUCCUAAAACUGAGCUUACUGUCAUGGCUCAACUGGAGCCAACCACCCCAUCUACAUCCUCUGAGUGGGAUGAUGCAUUUCAUUCUUUUGAAGAUAUAAUGAACAAUGGGAGUGAGAAUUCAAAGUUACGAGCGACAGUUAAGCUGGCUAGUUUGUUAAAUUGUGUCCCCAAGCACCUUCUGUUGCUUGCAUUGCCCAUCCUUAUUGAACUCCUUGAGGGGCCAUCUAUAAUUCCAGGUCAUCUCCAAGAAGCUGCUGCUUAUUGCUUGAAGCGCAUAACAUGUAACGAGGAUCCUGAGUUUGUGAAACUUAUAUGUGUGCCGAGAACCUUAGCUUCUCUGGUGAGGAUCUUAUCGCAUUCUGAUGGUAGAUGUCAGAGAUAUUUGAUAAAAUGUUUGUGGGGUGUGGUUACUUCUGUAGUUGAUAGCAGAGUGUACAUAUUUGCAAGUGGUGGGUUAGAAGUUGUUGUAAAUAGGCUGGCAUCAUGCAGAGACAGUAGGAGAAUAUACCUCCUGGAAACCCUGAGCGCAUUGGCAUUGGUCAGAGAAGUCAGGAGGACUUUGGUUUCUCUUGGGGAACUAAGUCUUCUUGUUGAAGCUGCUAAGUCUGGUAGUAUGGUGUCGAGAGAAAGAGCUGCUCAGGCACUUGGAUUGCUUGGAGUUACCAGGAGGGCAAGACGUACACUAGUUGCUUUGGGUGUGAUACCAGCACUUGCAGAUCUACUUCGAGAUGGAGAUUUCUCGACAAAAGUCGUGGCUGGAAAUGCUUUGGGUGUCAUUUCAUCUCAUGUUGAUUAUAUUAGGCCAGUUGCUCAAGCUGGGGUUAUACCUUUGUAUGCAGAGCUCCUCCGAGGACCUGAACCAUUGGGCAGGGAAGUUGCGGAGGAUGUCUUGUGCGUACUGGCUGUUGCUGAAGGUAAUGCAGUUGAGAUUUCUGAGCACUUGGUGAGAAUUCUCCAAGAAGACAAUGCUGAAGCAAAGGCUGCUGCUGCAGAUGUUUUUUGGGAUCUAUCAGGUUAUCAACACUCGAUUUCGGUGAUUGGUAAUUCUGGUGUAAUUCCCAUUCUUGUUGAGCUUUUGAGAGAUGGAGAUAGUGAUAUCAGAGAGAAAGUAUCUGGAGCCAUUGCACAAUUGAGUUACCAUGAAGCUGACCGUUCUGCCCUGGCUGAUGCUGGAGCCAUUCCAUGUCUUAUAGAAAUGUUGCAAUAUGAGUCAGAGGAACUCAGGGAUAAUGCUGCUGAAUCACUUAUCAACUUUUCUGAAGAUCCAAGCCAUCUUGAUAGAUUAUCUGAAGCAUUUGCAAUGCCUGCAUUCCGGAGUAUGCAGGAUAGGAUGGUUCACAUUCGUGCUGCUGAUCAGCAUAUGGUUAGAUCAUUAAGACAAAUGAGCAUUGAACAACUUACACGUGGUCCCCGUCUUUAACUGAUUGUACUCCAUGGUUAAUAUGUUGUGCAUACGAUUUCAAUUGCUCCAAAUGAGGUUGGUUGUGAACUUGUGAUUGAACUUUGAGGAGAGUGAUAUGGUAGAAUUGAACUGCUUGACCUGGGUUCAACUAAUGAUCUAUACACUACAUCAGUAAGCCACACUAUAUAAAUUAUUAGAAUUACUACUCUUCAUGAUUCAUAAAAGCGUCAGUCAUGGCAGUUCAUCGAACUGUUCCUUUAAUAUGUCGCAUUCUUGGUUGGUGACUUUGAUGGAUAGUGUGGGUAGAAAUAUAGCUGAACAACCUCAUUGGGGGAUAUCUCAUGGAUUAGGUUUGAUCAGAACGGAACUGUAUUUCCCUGACGACCUGAUGGGUGUCCUUGUCUUCUUCAAAAAUCAAGUAGAUCUUUUUUAAUUUGUUCUCAAACAUGUAUUUAUGAUACUAUACUACCAUGGUAAAGAUUGGAAUGUUGGAGGCUCUCAUUGGAACUUCUUUUCUGUUAAUAUAUAGUAUAUGCUUAGCUUAUACUUCCGAGUUAUGUACGGUCUGGACUCCAGAUGCAUUUUCCUCAAUAAUUUAUCAUCAAAUAUAAAAGGUUAAAUUUGGCUAAAGCUGGGUUUUUGCUGUAAAUGAGGAUUUGAGGUGUGCGUUCACUAAGAUUGGUGAAGAAAGGAGUUCAGAAUAGCGCAGAAAGUGCAGGUUGCCAAAAGAUGAACUUGGUGUUUGUGCAGUGUCAAUUAGCUUCAGACCGUGAUGAAGAGCUCAAACAGUGGCACGACCAGUACUCCGAUCUCGCAAAUUCUGAGCUUUACUUGGAGCAACAUCCUUCAGUUUGUGACCGUGGAAGUUGGAACUAGAGGCUGAUGGAAUGCAAUUCAGGUUACUCUGGUGUAUAUGCUGUCAGAUUUUCAACAGAGUUGCAGGGAGUUGUGAGGUCUUGUAGUUGUCUCGUGUGAAUUGUUGAAUUAGAACUUAUUUGAUGGUUUUUAAGAGAUUAUUUCAUGAUGGAUCUUGGAGUGUUACAUAGUAUUAUGCAUAUACCUACAUAUGUUGGCGGUAUGCUUUAACUUAAUGUUAAAUUAUCUUGUAUUGACCAUUGAAGAGGUUGAACACGUCUUUUAAUAUAUUAGUAUAGAUACCAGGGUUCAAACUA